AUGGCCCAGAGCGUGGUUUACGCUGACCUGAGGUUUGCCAGGGUGCCCGUGGGACGCAGCACACCCUGCCAGACACUGGAGACCGCCCUGUGCGAGGACGAGGCGGAGAGCCCCUACGAGAACGUGCAGCCGGAGCAGGCGCCCACCGCGCAGGACGGGCGGCGGGCCCAGCCCAGCCCGGGGCGCUGGCGCCGGCUGCGCUCGGUGCCCGCGGGGCUGCUGGCCGCCUGCCUGCUGCUGCUGGCCACCGCCCUGGCCCUGGGGCUGUGCUACUGGCAGGCCGCCCGCGGGCUGCAGGACGCCUCCCGCGCGCACGCGGCCGAGCGCGGCCGCCUCGCGCAGCAGGCGAGCGAGCGGGAGCAGAGCCUGGAGCAGGCGCAGCGGGAGCUGGCGGGCGCCCGAGCGGAGCUGCAGCGCGCCUGGCUGGAGGGCAACGGCAGCCGGCGGGAGCUGGGGCAGCGCGACGCCGAGCUGCAGCGCCUCGCGGAGGCCCUGAGGUCCGCGGAGAAGGAGCUGCGGGACGCACAGGGGCGGCUCGAGGCCAGCGAGCGCGCCGCGAGCAGCCUGCGCGCCUGCGUGAGCACAGGUUGCUGCCCCUCGGGCUGGGUGCUGUACAGCGGCAAGUGCCUCUUCAUCUCGGCGGAGAAGAAGACCUGGUGGGACAGCAGGAGCGACUGCCAAAGUAAAACCUCCGUGCUCCUGGUGCAAGGCCCCUGGCCGUCGUGGACGCUGCCGGCUUUUGUGGCAGCGCCGGGUGCCCAGUACUGGGUUGGUGUGAAAGUUCUUCAGCGUUUGAAGAUGCAGUUGAUAUGGCUGGACAGCAAAUUCUUUGAACUAUAUGAGAAAAUGUCAGAUUGUGGACUAUCAAGUGCUGGGAAAAUAGAGAGUACAAAAUGCAUGGAAAAACACCCGUGGAUCUGCGAGCAGGCCCCAGAGCCGAGCAGUGCAUCCGACAAGCUGGUUCCUCUCCUCACCAAGGGGUGAUUGCGACUCCCUUGCCCCAGCCCAGGACCUGGGGACAGGAUCUUUGGCGGCACUGAGGAGACACCCUCACCUGUGUUGCGAUGCAAGC